AGAUCACGUUAAUUGAUGGGCUAAUGAAGAUAGAAGGGCGGCACUGGGGUUUAGAUGUGACGGACGUUUUCGUUUCUGUGUGCGUGUCAUUUCCACUUCCUGUUCUGUUAAAGGAUACCUGUUUUACAUACGUCACUUCCGCUUUGCUCGACAAGUUUCACUCAAGUGAACGUCCAGUUUAAGUGUGAAAACAGACUGUUCAUUUGAUCUGUAGACAUUUGUAUGGAAAACACACGGAAGGAAUACCCCCAAAUGCGUUAUCUACACAACUUAAGCUGUCAUCACGCUGCUAGGUGAUUGUUUCCGGUAUUUGCUCGCGGCGACCGAGUGAGUUCAUCCAGUGUUCACGUCUCAGAACAACAGAUCUGUGAAAAUCAAAAUAUUGGUUAGAGCGGUGAGGGAUUUGCAUUUACCAGCCGGUCGUCUACCAAAGUCACAACACGUAAUGGAUAGAAACAAAAACCGAGAAGUUAAGGUCAGGGAUUUUGAUUCUAUAAAUCAUGCCUCAAGUGGUGAGAAUUUCGUCGACGAAAACCCCGCGGAUGAAAAGCCGGUGCAAAGACAAGAAGAAAACCGUGCUCUCUUUACGAUAUUUGCCUCGCUAGUGAUAGACUUAUUGGCUUUCACUGUAAUUUUACCGCUCUUACCUUCACUCUUGGAGUUAUACGGCCGACAUAAUGAUGACUCUCUCUACAAUUUUUUGAUGGAACAAGUGAACAGCUUCAAAGCAAUGAUGGGAAUGCCAGAUGUUGGCCGAUUCAAUGCUGUCCUAUUUGGAGGAGUUGUGGGGUCACUGUUCUCCUUGCUGCAGUUCAUAUGCUGUCCUCUGAUUGGUGCAGCUUCUGAUUUGUUUGGAAGGCGGAUCACUCUUUUGCUGUCAAUGAUUGGUGUCCUCUUCUCAUAUGUCAUUUGGGCUGUCUCCAAAAACUUUACAAUUUUUGUUAUAGCAAGAGUCAUUGGUGGCCUUUGUAAAGGCAAUGUAACUAUUUGUACAGCUGCUGUCACUGAUGUAACCUCAUCAAAAACAAGAAGCAAAGGAAUGGCCUUGGUAGGCGUGGCAUACUCUAUCGGCUUCAUUGUUGGGCCAAUGAUAGGUGCUGUGUUUGCUAGUAAAUCUUCAGGGAGCUCUGAACCAUUCUACCAACUCCCUGCCCUGUUUGCUAUAGUCCUGUCUGCUGUGGAUAUUGUGAUUGUUUUCUUAUUUUUUAAAGAGACUCUACCUACAGAGAAAAGGGCAAAGUCGCUGAUACAUGAAUGUCAAAAGUCCCUUUUGUACAUAAACCCAGUGUCUUUGUUCAAGUUCAGUGCUUUGGAAGGGUCCUCAGAUGCAGAGUUGCAAACUGUCCGUGGCAUUGGCAGAGUGUAUUUCUUAUUCCUGUUUUUCUUCUCUGGCAUGGAAUUCACCCUUACGUUUCUCACUCACAAGAACUUUCAAUACACCAGCAUGAAUCAAGGGAUGAUGUUCUUUUACGUAGGAAGUGUCAUGGCAACUGUACAAGGAGGAUACGUAAGACGUCUUCCUGCUGGCGCCGAGAAGAAGACAGCAGUGCAAGGAAUAGCAGUCAUAAUUCCUGGUAUGAUACUGGUAGGCUUGGCUAAAACAACCUUCAUCCUCUACGCUGGUCUCACUUUGUUUUCUUAUGGUUCUGCUGUUGUUGUACCCUGUUUGACUGCAUUAAUAUCCCGAUAUGGUAGCGAAGACCAAAAAGGCAGAGUAAUGGGAAUUUUCCGUUCUUUGGGAGCCUUGGCGCGUGGUAUAGCACCUUUUGUAUUCUGUACAGUGUACUGGAGUGUAGGCGCGUUUUGGAGUUACGUCUGUGGCGCCUCUUGCUUCCUACUCCCCCUCUUUCUGCUGAUCAAGACCACACUCUCAACCACGACGAUGGCUGACAGAAAAUUAAGCAAGGACUAAUGCUGGUCGUACCAGAUGUAACUGUACUCAGGGACGUAGUUUACUGGACUAUUCUCACUUUUUGACCCAGUGCUGAUCUUUGAGCAUCUGAACAUGUUUCAAUUUAUUCAUUGACGUUUCCCCAUUGCCCAAUUUGCAGAAGAACGGGGUUUUUGGUCGUUAAGGGUUUAUUUUAGGUUCGAUGUUUAACGUUUCCCAGAGUACUUUUGUUAGCCAUAAUACAUUGUUGAUGUUAUCAUUUGUGGGAAGUCCUAAAUGAUCCAACAAGAGACUUUUCAAGACUUUUCUAUUGUCAUGUGCAAAAAACCAUGAUCUCUUUCUUGUCAUGUGCCAAUAUCAUGCUUACUUUGCGACGCGCGCUAGCGCUUGUUUUGUGAAGCAUGCCAAAUAAGAAUGCAAGAAACGUACUAUCUGACUGACAUCACCGUCCUUAGCCGAGCUGGCCUCUUUUAUCACCUAGCAACACAGACAGCGCAGGUUUGCGUAUGGCAUUCAUGGUAGCCGUUAUCAGUAGCUUCUUCACUCCUUAUAUAACAUAUUACAUAGAUUCUGUCAAAUAAACAAUUACUUUUAAUGAAAACUAGUUUUGCAGAUAAGCGCACCGUUCUUUAAAUGCUAAAUGAUAAUGACCUAGUUAUCUGGUAAUUCAUGUAUUUCAACAAACCUCUAGUCUGUAGAAGCCUUGAUCGGGAUACAUUUUAAUUCGUACGUAUGACGUCGGAAAUUUUCAAAAAAACACAUUUUUCUACUUUUUAAAUUUCAACAUGAGUUAGUUUUAUUAUUUUUUUUCACUAAACAGACAGCGACUCGUUGUUCCUACUUUAAGUACAACAGGUGAUUUUAUACCUUAAGGCCGAUGUGUCUAAGAAGAAUCAGAUAAGCAGUAAACACUGCGUUGAGUCUGACUUCUAAUCAAUUGUCUACUAAAAAUGCCUUAUCACUGAUAAGCUAGGAAAGCAAUUAUGAUAGCCUAACUGUUGCUUUGUUCGAUGCUGAUAAUGCUUCUUUUAAAGAAGACUCGAUCACAUUCCCAAGGCUGAUUGACAUCACUUGGUUACGAUCGACAGGUACCUAUGUUUUAAGCCUUACAACUUUUCCCUUAAAAAGUAUUCAAACUUGUUUAACUGUGUUAUAAAAAAAUUUCCUCCAAAUGUUAUGGUAGAACAAGGGCGUUAUCACCAUCUACAAUUUUUCUUACACUUAGAAACUUCCUUGCAAAUGCUGGAUAAAUGAAUGAACAAUUAAACAACCACCUUGCUUGUGUUUAUUCUUUGAUGAGUUGUUAGACUCUUCGUGAUGUUUAGGAAACGAAAGUUGCGCUUGUUGAAGCGUAAUGUAAAUAAAGAUCAUUCGCGCAUUACAUGUUCUCAUUAAAUCAUUUCAGAUUUAAGCUGUCUUGGAAAAUAUAUAUACAAAAUGUUCUUUUCGAUUGCUUUAACUACCCUUAAAUUCUGUUUUUAUCUGUUCACAAUAGAAAUGCUUUUUUUUAUCAGCUCACACAAAAUAAGUGCAUUAUCACAGUAGGUACGAAAGUUUAGAGUGGUUUUUAUCAUCAAAAGAAAAAAGGUUUAUACGGAAAUUAUGCAGCAAGUUAUCUUCUACAUAAAAACAAACAUCUCACCUAGAAGGCGCGUCUUCUGAUAACUUUCAUAUAGGAUUAUUUCAAACAACAAUUAGUACUUUAGUAAUCUCUAAGUUCAUUGCCUAAUUCCUACUAAUUAAUAGUUGUAAUGCAUUUGAUUAGUCUAUAUCCUUUCUCUUUACUAAAACAUUUCAUUGCUAAAAAUGAUUGUAAGUAUCAAAAAUAAAAAAAGCAAGAAGAGGAAAUGA